CAGCCUCCGUACACAAGUGACGCGAGAACUUUGAUUUGCUGACAGCUCAGAGUCCGACUGGACAGACUUCAUUCAGUUUAAACUUCCUCCUAUUCCAGAAAAAUGUCCUCUUUCUCCCUGUUGUUCUUGUCGUCGAUAGCGCUGGUCUGCAGUGCUACAGUCUGUCCGUGCGAGAGACCGGAGCUCUGUCAACAGAUCCGUGAGGAGAGAGACUUUGAGGUGUUUGUGUUUGACGUGGGUGGAAAGACAUGGAAGUCCUACAACUGGAGCAUGGUGACCACUGUGGCAACGUUUGGGAAAUAUGAUGCUGAACUCAUGUGUUACGCUCACUCCAAGGGAGCACGGGUUGUACUCAAAGGUGACGUUCCCCUCUCCCAUAUUGUGGACCAAGAAAACAGGACGGCUUGGAUAACAGAGAAGGUCAACUUGGCCAAGAGUCAAUUUAUGGAUGGGAUCAACAUCGACAUUGAACAAGCAGUGGAGGAGGGCUCGCCAGAAUACCAUGCUUUGACAGACCUGGUCACAGAGACCACUGAGGCCUUCCACAGGGAGAUCCCAGGUUCCCAGGUCUCAUUUGACGUUGCCUGGUCACCGAAAUGUAUCGACAAGCGCUGCUACGAUUAUGUCACCAUUGCUGAAUCCUGUGAUCUGCUGUUUGUGAUGUCCUACGAUGAACAGAGCCAAAUCGUGGGGGACUGUAUUGCAAUGGCAAAUGCCCCACUCUCUCAAACACUGGAUGCGUACGACCAGUAUUUGAAUCUGAAGAUUGAUCCGAAGAAGCUAGUGAUGGGGGUGCCAUGGUACGGCUAUGACUACCCAUGCCUAAACCUCUCCCAGGAGGGAAUAUGUUCUAUAGCCAAAGUUCCUUUCCGUGGAGCCCCGUGCAGCGAUGCAGCUGGAAAACAGAAAACAUACAAGUGGAUCAUGAAACAGGUCAACAUCUCAAUAUCCGGCAGGCUCUGGGACAACGAGCAGCAGGCUCCUUACUUCAACUACAAGGACCAGGGAGGACGGAUUCAUCAGGUUUGGUAUGACGACCCACAGAGUAUUUGUCCCAAGGCAGACUUUGUGAAAGCUAGAAGUUUGAGGGGCAUUGGCAUGUGGAACGGCAACAUCUUGGACUACGGCGAUGAACUGGUUGCCAGGCAGGAGACCGCAAUGAUGUGGAAUGCUCUCUUAGGAUGCUAGCUGGGACACACUUAACACUGCUGCAGAAAUCCAGUCACCCCUGAGCCCACUGUUUGUUGCUAAGUCAAUAUAACCCUCGUAUUGCUGUUGUCUUUGAAUGUAGUUACAUCUCAGACAUUCCUCUGUGCUAACUGACAUAACUGUAAUUCUCUGUAAAAGAACCAAUCUUUUAAAUAUGGCACACACACAAUCACAGUGUUUUUGAUUGACCGAUAUAGAGCUUACUGAGAUCUGUGCACUUUAUAUUUUUCAUAAGUAAAACAUUUUCGGAUCUGUGAA